AUGUACAAGCAAAGCGCUGGGCGCAUGCCAUGUUGCAUCUCCGGUGGGGCGCAAACGUCUGAGAGGAAAAAGAGGUUCGAGGUGGGUCAGCUGCCGCCACCGUCAAGUCACGUCGACGCAGCUCCGGGCGUGCCAGAGGAUGCCAAAGAAAUUUGCGUCGACGCAGGCCUUGAGUUCGGCAGCGUUGCGGUGACCGAACUGGUGCGCGCGAAAGGUCCCGCAAGAGAGCCUGGUCGAGCUCUGGGAGCGGAUGAGUCAUACGCCACCGCAGCCGCACGCCGUCGCGGACGUGAGCAACGAACGGGACGUGCUGGACAGGCAAGUGCUAUUUCCUGGGCAGGAACGCUCGUCGUCGCUACCGCCGGCCGGGACCUGCAUGCGCUGGCCAACCGCGCACCCGCUGGCGCACCCCCAGCGCUGUAG